CGUUUGCUGUGGGCGUGGCAGAAGCUGGUUGCCUGGGGAGCCCGUAAGCCGGGAGCUGCGUCACACGGCGGAGCCGCCAUAUUGUCAGCGGAGAGAUGGGGCAGUGCGAGGUGAUCUCCUCUAAGACCGUCCUGGUCUUCCUGAACCUCAUCUUCUGGGCUGCAGCAGGCAUCCUGUGUUAUGUGGGGGCCUAUGUCUUCAUCACUUAUGACGAUUAUGACCACUUUUUUGAAGAUGUUUACACCCUGAUUCCUGGUGUAAUUAUAAUAGCUGCAGGAGCCCUCCUCUUCAUCAUAGGCUUGAUUGGUUGUUGUGCCACAAUCCGUGAAAGCCGCUGUGGGCUAGCAACGUUUGUGAUCAUCUUGCUUUUGGUAUUUGUGACGGAAGUUGUCGUGGUCGUUCUGGGAUACAUCUACAGAGCGAAAGUAGAAGUUGAAGUUGAUAAGAGCAUCACAAAUGUAUUCAAUCAGUACAAUGGCGUUUCCUCUGACUCGGCAAGUCGGGCAAUUGAUUAUGUUCAGAGACAGCUUCAUUGCUGCGGGAUACACAACUAUUCCGACUGGGAGAAGACCCCGUGGUUUGAUAAAUCAAAGAAUAACAGUGUACCGUUAAGCUGCUGCCGAGAUAAUGCGUUUAACUGUACAGGCAGCAUGAGCAGACCUGGCGAUCUGUACUCUGAGGGCUGUGAGGCACUGGUGGUGGAAAAACUGCAGGAAAUAAUGAUGUAUGUAAUAUGGGCCGCACUAGGGUUCGCUGCAAUACAGCUCCUGGGUAUGCUAUGUGCAUGCAUUGUGCUCUGCAGAAGAACUCGUGACCCGGCCUAUGAACUCCUCAUUACGGGUGGAACCUAUGCAUAAAUCCAACUGGUCACCUUGCCCCCUGUCCUUCCCAAGGAAUCCACUCUGGGAUAAGACUCUCCUUGUCCAAGUAGUUUUUACUCCGCUGAUUCUUAGCUAUGAGCUGACAGUGGGUUACCUCUGGUCCUGGACUCUACCUUCAGCCUGUCACUUUAAUAGUUUUUUUUUAUUAUUAUUUUGUGAGAUUUGUAGGUUUUAGCAUUAGCAUCUGAUGUUUUGCUAUAAGAUUAGUGGUGACAUAAAGGCAGCACUGUGAUUAAACCAUUGCUCAGAUUCCAGUUCUGCCGGGAUCCCGGACUCAACUUGAUGAGUGAUGUCUUAAGAACAUGCUGCUGUGUGUGGCAUUGUUUUCUCCCCUUUUGGAUGGCAAGAGGUUAAUACCUGGACAUCUUUUAACUGCCUACAUCCUACACACAGUUGUAUUAUUAUUAUUAUUGCACUCUUUGGACAGCUUCAUGCAGCAAACAGCUAGUAUUUUCCAAAUGUCUGAAGAAUCUUCAUGUAUACUUGUAAAAUCUACACAUCCGAGGUAGUUUUUGUACUGGUGUAUGGAGAAGUUAAAGUAUCAGGAGCUACAUGCUGUGUGCUGGCUACCUUACACCAAGUGGAGUGAGAAUGAACACUGGAUUUAACUAUGUAGCACACACUACUAUGAACAUACAUUGCACAGAGAGUGGUUGUAAAUCCUGAUGUAGAAGGCAUAUUAUGUAGUAUUGACCUCACACGCAGGAAGCAUAUAUAGCUCCGCCAACAAGCAUCCGCAUUGACCCGCCCCUUCCCCUAAAAUAUUUUUACUUCCCAUGUCCAAAGGUGUAAAGGAAAAUAUUCAAACUUAAUUUAUAACACCUUUUCUCUAACUUGUGAGUUUCCUUGGAAACUCAUCAUGACUUCUCAGCAGUUCUGAAACAAGAUUUCUGCCCUCUAAGGAAACGCCAAUUUGCAGAGGAGAUUGUGGGAUUCUUAGGAGAAUUGGUUGUAGUACACUACAGUUAGGAGGGAGUUUGGUCCUCCACACACUUUGUGUGAGAUUCUUGGCUUGAUACAUAGUCUGAAUAAGAUGCAGUUGACCCUUUUCUUUUUUCAUCAGUAGUAUGCAAUAAGAAAAGAGCACCUAUAGUUUCACAAGAACUGUUACAGUGCAGGGCUUUGCAAUAUAGUCAUCUCUAAAUCGUUGCCAGGUAAUUUUGCCGUUAACACGCAACAUGGACCGGCCAAGUUCUGUACUGAAGCCUGCACUCCAAGGGGUAUUCCACUUGUUAAAUUAUCCCCUCUCCACAGGUUAGGGGUUAACUAAGAUCAGAGGGUCCUACUGCUGGGACCCCAACUGAUCACGAGAAUGGGCACUCUGUAUCCCCGUGGGGUCAUCUCCAAAUGAACAGAUGGCAGGUUGGUCAUGUGAACUGCCAUUCCAUUCAUCUAAGUGGGAGUUCCAGAAAUAGGUGAGCACUGACUGAAUAGAGCGGCAGUGCGCAUGGUCGACCUACUGCUGUUAUAGGGAACAAGCUACCAGUACCAUGUUCUGGAGUAGGAGGACCCUGAUACUUUUAUGGAAAACGGUUCAGUAAAACUUGUAAUUUAUUCAUUUAAAUCCCUGCUCAUUCUGGGCUUUUGAAGUCAAGUGGUCGGUCCUAGCAGUGAUAGACAACCUUCCCUCUAUGACUAUGUAUACAGAGCUAGCUGUCAAUCACUGUUAGGACCGCCUCCUUGACUUCAAAGCCCAGAAUGAGCAGGAAUUUAAAUGUAUAAAUUACAAUAUUUACUGAAUGUUUUCCCAUACAACUAUUCAUUAAUCUGCUCACCUCCUCCUGCUUUAUAGCAUGCUGCCUGCAGCUCAAACACCAUGCUCAAUGUGACAGGUUCCCUUUAAUUUUUGGAGCUCCAAAAGGUAUAGGGUACCCAUUCUGAUGAUCAUUGGGUGUCCAAGUGGUAAGACCACCACUAAUCUAAUGAUUAUCCCCAUCUUGUGGAGAGGGGGAUAGCUUUUAACAACCAGAAUACCCCUUUAACUGGACAGCGUCCUGCUCUGCUUCCCAGCCUACCAUAAGUACGGGAGCCCAAGCAGCAGGAUGCUGACGUCCUCACUGAAGACCGUAUUCUGAAAGGCUGAGCGGCACAGACCUUGGCCAGUGAAAUUCCCUAAGGCAGAGAUUUAGAAAGAAGAUUAUAUUGCUGCAUUUGGCACUGUAAUAGUAUUUCUUGUGAAACUGGAGGUACUCUUUUUAAAGAGGACCUUUCAUCGGUCCAAACAUCAAAAAACUGCUGUGUGAAUAACCCCAUAGACUGCCAUUGGUCCUAAAACGGACUUGUGAUAAAACGACCAUAGUCUGCCUGUAGCCUAAGGUUCUUUAUACAUAAGAUCAUUUUCUGUUAGUAAUCGCCUACAGAUGCAGUAAAGUUAACACACAUGGUUUGAGACGUGUUAUCUAAACUAAAUGCGUUAAGCAAACGCCUUCAAUAGCUUUUGUUUCAAGAUAAAACAUGAGUUAAGAAAUUUGAGUUGAGUUUGUGUUAACCCUGCUACAUCUGUAGGUGAUUAUAGUAGCAACCUUAGCAUUCCCUGCAUCAAUAUUGUCUCCAUUUAGAACAAACAAUUCUGGAACUGGAACUUGACCUGUAAAUAGUGACUGAUUUCAAUAAAACGUACAUCUACCUUC